CUUCACAGCCCACCGACUCCCUCUACAACUCCGGCCGCCUGGGCCCGGGGGAACGGCCGCCGCGGCUCCCUCCAGCGGGCGGGCAUCUUUCUGCAAAGGGUGUGUCCCACCUCUUUUUCACCACAGCUGCUUACUGCCAUAAAAGAGGUGGGGUCAGAGGAAUACCUUCAGGAAGUCAGAUACUUCAUGGGUAUCCUUGUAAUCUGCCAUCUCACGCACUGCAACACAUUGUAUUCACAGGACAUCUGGACAUAAAGGAACAAGCUUCCAGUGAGCCAAAGAAAAGAAAAGGUGGCUGGCCUAAAGGGAAGAAAAGGAAACCUCCAAAGGAAUUUUCAGCUCCUCGUGCCCCUACAACAGGGUAUGUAAUAUUCUUGAAUGAGCAGAGAAUUAAAACGAAGGCCACACAUCCAGAUUUGCCUUUUACUGAAAUAACCAAGAUGCUGGCUGCUCAAUGGUCUCAACUUUCUCAAGCAGAAAAGCAAAAAUAUAUUAAAGAAGCAGAAAAGGAUAAGCAAAGAUAUAUGAAAGAAUUGAAAGCCUAUCAAGACUCUGAAGCCUAUCAAGCUUUCUUAGAGAGAAGAGCAGUUCACAAAGUGAAGACGCUGUGUGGAACAAUAUCUAUAGGAAGUAGAUCUGAGAAUGAAGCUCUUGCUUUGUCAACAAUAGAUAGAGAUGAAAGCAAUGACUUGUAUUGUCGGACAUGUAACCAGUUUUUCAGUUCUUUUCAUAACAAGAAAGAACACCUUAUGGGAAAGCAACACUUACAGAAUUUAACAGGAGAGUUUGAGAAAGAAACUGCUGAGUUCUCUAAACAUCAGAAACUGCAAGAAGAAAAGGAGGAAAAAGAAGAGUCAGAAGAAGAAAUUGACUCUACAGAUGUGUUUCAGUUUGGGGGCCUGACCUUCCAGAAGAACUUUGCGUCAUCUGAUUUUUGUUUUUUGCAGGAGUUUAUCUUCAGACUUCUGAAAUUUAAAGAGUUUGAACUUUGUGAACUAAAAAGAAGUUUGACAAAGGCAUAUGAAGAACAGGAAAGUUUAAAAAAGCAGUUGGAGGAUCUAAAGAAUCAGCAGCUGAAGUUGGAAAUGGAUUUUGCAUCCAUAAAGGCAUAUAGCGGUACUUUAGAAAAAGAGUUUGAAAAUUUAAAUAUGGUUCCAAUGCUGUUCCAGUUUCAUCUGCAAAUAGUGGAUACUAGGCUGCAGAGCACUGGAACCAGGCCAGGAGCAGAGCCGUGGGCUGACUGCCAGUACCCCAGGCUGGCAGGAGGGCUGAGCAGGUUCGGAGGCCCAGACCCUGACUGGCUGGGGGCUGGGUGGCUGGAACGCCAGACCAGCAGCGGACGGGGCCAGCAGCUGGUAUCCCAGGCUGGCAGGGGGCCAGGACCCAGGCUGGCAGGGGGCAGGCAGCCGGAACCCCAGACCAGCAUCGAGCUCAGAUUGCCGACCCUGGCACUAGACUGAACAAAAUACUUAGGGUGAGAUCAAGGCCCCAUUGAAAUCAAUGGCAAAACUCUCAUUGACUUCAGCAGGACAAGAUCUGCCCCUUAAUGUUCUUUGUGCAACAAUCCUGUGUUGCCUUCCAUGGCUCAGAUAAGAUAACCUAAUAGGUCUCCUCCUCCAUUUCUAAAUUCUGUGAGUUAAAUACUGAAAUCCUUAACUCAGGCAAAAUGACCCUUGACUCCAAAAAGAGCUCUACCUUCAAGAUUUAGCCUUAUGGACACUUUCUUAGUGAUAGAAACUACAAUACGCUAAAAGCCAAGGCCUGAGAGAUAUUUUGAUUUAUGGUUUCCUUUGCUCACAACUGAACUUGACGUCUGAAUCUUCUCAUCUUUCUUUUUUUUUAAUAAGUACUUAUAAUAAGGGUUUUGCAUAAAAUGAGACUAUGCAGCCCUGUACUAUGUUAAGUGGCUAUAUGAAGUCAUGGACAGUUCAGAAACAGUCAAACAAUACGUUUGCUUUAUUACAUAUGAAAAUUUCAAAGACAAAAAAAAUUGAGGCAGUGAGAUGAUCACUAAUACAUAACAGACUUUUAUUUUUGUUACAGUACAUUCACAUAGAGCCUUAAAUGGAAACAUCUGUAGUUAUUAAAUCUUUUACACUUUUUUAUAUUUGCAAAGAACAGCUCAAUUUUUCACCCUUUUUGUCAGUUGGGAGCAUUAUUUCCAUAUGAAAAUUGCUUUGCUUACCGCUGCUGUAAUUCCAAAUUUUCAUUAACUGUCAUUAUCCAGCAGUAGCUCCUCACUUUAAACUGGCACCAUGUUACUACUCUGCAGUUGCAUAGAAGUGAACAUCUAAAAUGUACCAGUUGUCAGGUUAACUUUUUAAACAUGCUUGUUUAGCAUAAAACUAAGUUACAAUCAUUUGUUUUGCAAAUAGUAUUGUACUUGUCACUGGCAUAAAUAAAAUGUGUGAUUGUACUUUAAAAUGUAGCUGGAAAUGUGGUUAUUUGAUUUAGCUAUUCCACCUGCAUCACUUGCCUGUCUGGGAUGAAAGUCUAGCAUUUUUUCUUCCUUCAGAAUAUUUAGCACAAACAAGCGUACGGUGCUUAUUGUUGUAUCAGAUAUGAAAAUGUGAGAAGUUCCUUUGCACUAGUCCUGCCUCCGAUGACCAGAAAUGAUACCAAUAUCAGAUGGCAGAUCCUCAGCUGGUGUAAAUGGUCAUACCCGUUAUCCGCUGGAGAUAAGAUAAUUUAUACUAGUUCCAGAUCUUCCCCCAGGAUUUGUGACAGAGGACGGAAUGCAGCUGGGAAGCAACGGGAGAGGGAGUUUAAGAGAUUUUGUGGGAGGGAAUCUACAACUGGGAUAAGGAUGGAGUGAGGAACCUGAAUUUCAGAGGCAGCUGGGGAGGAAUUUGAGGCAAUCCUGUGAUGAAAGUAGAUGUGAGGGAAACUGGGAGACUUUUGAAAAGACAGGAGGGAGUCUGCAUCUGGGGAAGAGGUUUGGGAACCUCUGCAUAGUCCGGAAUCAGGAUCAUUGGAGAGGUAGGUGAGAAGGGUGGCUCAGGACACUUGUAUAUGAGAGGGAAGAGAAGAAGUGCAGUGAAAGAACCAUAAGAGCAUGUGGAUGGAGUUAGGAGACAGUUGGAAGUGGAAAUAGAUAAUAGAGGCAGGAAGCAAUUUCUCAGUUCUUGCUUCACGAUCAGCAGAACACAUUUUUUGAAAUGGGUAUUGAAGGGAGAUAACACUGUCACAGGGCAGUGCUGGAAAAUAAAAAAUAGUUUUAAAGAAACCAUUCUGGCUACAGUUUCAGGCAGUGGGAGAAAUGUAGUAAGUAUCUGUACUCUUCACAACAACUAUACUCGGCUAAGAGAGCACAAUAAAAAAAACCUCAUAUCUAGAUGGACAGAAGGAAAAACAAGAUAUUUUUAAAGGUAUCCAUAAAUUGGGAUGUUCAGAAAUUCAAAUUACUAUGAGAAUUAUGGGUCAUCUCCUACAAGUGCUGAUUUAGUACCACCUCCUCAGCAGCUUUGGCUAGUGGCGCUCCAGCUAUUAACUAAAGCUGCCUCCCACUUUCUGGGCAAAAUUUCCGAGGGAAUGCGAUGGCAAGAACACAUUCUGCACUCGUUCAGGUGUCUGUAGCUGAAUGAUAUGAAAGAAUAAUUUGUAAUUCAGUAAACCUUCAAGAUGUAGAAUUUAAUAAAUGUUGAAAGUAUCAAUUUGUAUGCUUGGGUAUUGCAUAUUAAGUGCAGAGGGUACAAGAUAUGAUGGGUUUAGAUUUACGUUAAUCUUCAAUUUCUGUUGCUUUCUCUGCAGUGAGAUAAGUAGUCAUCCAGUUUUCUAUCAACUCUUUUCUCUCUC